AUGCAGGCCGCUCAGAAGCACCCCACAUCCGUUGCAUUAGAACCGUCGUUGAAUUUUACGCAGAAGCGUCUAUGUCAAACUCCACGCGAUAUACUAGGGAAUCUGUGUGAUCAAGGCCAUGAUCCCAACCCCCUUUCCAGAAUCGUGCAUAAUACGGCUCCCCUCCUUGCGGGCAAAUCCCUUGACAGAAUGAACGGGAUAAUGCUGCGGCAGCUACUACCCAUCAUCAAUGACAUGGGCAACGACGAGACUGUUGAUCUGAACACAUGGCUUCGACAAACCGUUACCAUUAUCGAUACAAAUGCUACAUACGGCAAUUUGAACCCAUUCAAAAAUCCACACAUUGGAAAUACAUUCUGGUGGGUUCAUCCGACCUAA